ACGGAUUGAAGACUGAAGACUGAAGACGACGAGAAAGAGCCAAACGAAGAUGCAAGAUCUAUCUCAAGCUGUCCCUCCUAAAACAUUGUCCGAAUGGCACAACCCUUCCAGUAGAACAGAUGUCAUUCGGGAUCUCAUUCACGGUGUUGACAGAUAUAACCCAAGUAAUUUAUCUUUUAUGGAAGAUUAUCUGGCUUCACAAGUCCAAGAUGGUUCAUAUGAUCUUCUCGCCAAUUUGGCCAUUUUGAAAUUAUAUCAAUUCAAUCCCCAACUCUCAAAUCCAGAUGUUAUCAUCAAUAUCCUUCUUAAGUCACUGAGUGCUUCUGUCAACGGAUCAGAUUUCAACCUGUCCAUGUCACUACUUCGAGAACCAGCGGCAAUCUUACAUGACAUCGAAUCUGAUGAUGCAAGAUUCAUGAUCCUCAUUCCUUUCCUUACCCACCUUCAUGAUCUUAUACGUAAUUGUCGUUUCGCUGCUUUCUGGUCAGAAUUCAACGGUGGAUCUGAAGGCGCUACGAUCCUUCGUGCGGCUUACCUACCCCAACACCCACAUCUCAUCCCCACCCUCAGAGUCAGAUUCGCAACUUCCAUCGCUUCUUCUUUCUCUCGCAUCUCCCUCAUCCGAGUACAACGAUGGCUCGACCUCUCCGAAUCCGACAUUAACGAUUGGUGCGCUAGUGUGAGCUGGGGUAUCGAGGGAUCAGAUGCUGUCAUCCCUAAGAAUGGGGAUAACGAUGUGAAAGCUGGUGUGGUCCGUGAGAACGUGGAAUUGAGCCAAUUGACAAAACUCAUUGCCGCUGCUGCAUAUUAGUCGACGGUCUUUUCACCCAACGACAGCAUGAGCUGCUGGUAGCAAGCAUAGUAUGCAUUAAGUCAAUCUG